AUGAAGUUUUUACGAAGAAGUGAAAAUGUAGUGCAGGUUUUAGAAGGGCCUCUGAGUGACACUAACGACCCUGACCUUUGUGAUGAAGCAAACCUCUCACUGGACGAGUGGCCAUGGAUAGGGCCAUGGACAACAAAACCAUAUUUCUGUCCAAUCAGUGGAGGUUUUACAUUUAGAACAACCAGCAGAUUAACCAAUGAGGAUUUCUGCGAGGACGACUGGCGCCGAUCUCGACUCGAGGUGGAGUGCAUUAGCGGAGAUGGGUUAGACUUCAUUGCACCCAAGAACAGCCACUGUAACCCGUUCCUGAAACAAGGCGACUGGAAACGUUUAAGCUGCUGGGCUGGCUGGGAAAACGAACAUUUCAUCUUCGUCGUCGCUUCCGACGUGUCCGAGAGACCUAGAUACUGCCUGCGGUUCCCCAAGAACAUGGACGGCCAUUUCUCAGUCCUCGCCUACUUCAGCGUCAUCUGCCCGGAGGAGCAGAACGGGAAACCUCCACACGGCAUAGAAUAUUACGAGAUGCACAUGCGCAGACGAGAUCCGACGAAGUGCGAGGAUGACGACCACACCCACUGUCGGGAAGCCGCCCUGUCUGGGAGCUGUGCUCGGGACAUGAACACGGCGUCACACUGCAGGAAGGCGUGUGGGAUAUGCCAUCAGCCAUCACCUUCGAGGCAGACGUGUUGGUUUGACCCUAAAAUCCACGGCGACUGGAGACUGUACGACAAGGAUCGGACGGAGACCGUGAUCAUCAACAGGAACCACGUCUCCUUCUCCAAACUCGGAGUGUUCGCAUGUCGAGAAAAGGGCAGAAACGAAAACCAGUAUUUGGCGGUAUCCGAGUUUUCAAAUGGAUGUUCGACAAGGUACACGUGUGUCGAGUUUCACAGGAAAAACAACAAUGUGCUGCAGUAUAGAAUUGGUCGUUCUGUGAGGAAAGAUAUGGAAAUGGAUGACUUGUGCAGCUUUCACGAAGAUCCCUUUCCUCUGGGCGAUACAUUCAGAACAUUCUACUACAAAAUACUUGUCUUGGCUAAAGACUUGUGGCCGUCCUACUGCGGUCUGGACAGCACCAUCCCGUUCAACGGGACGUUCAACGGCGAGUGGUGUGAGGGGACCGUCUCGGACUGGGACGAGGACACGUGCACCACCCGGGGGACCAUCAUCCUGAGGUCGAACACGUGCUCGUCGCUUCUAGUGCCAGCAGAGUUCCAGUGUUUAUCGUACAUCAAGGAGGAGGAGAGGUCACUACAGCAGCUUCUCAUCACGAGGAGUAUGGACGGGAGGAAUGAAUUCAACUGCUGGGUGGUGUCGAGUUUCGUCGUUGGUGGUCGGUGGCCGUGGAGGGUGAUGUACCAGAUGGCGACCACGCAGUGCUCGUUUCUCACCGACGUCGAGGUGAACACCGUCAUUAAACCAAAGUCCACGCUGUACCUGGAAGAUCGAUCCAGGACAAAGAUCUGCAAGCCGAUGGCCCUUUCUCCCGUGACCGUGUCUCCCGAGGUGCUGAACAGGAAGUCCACGGACCGCGGUUACAUGAUCCACAACCCAGUGAAACCAGGCGUUACGCUUCACAACGAGCCGCGCUUCGUAACCCCACUUGUGGAGACAGUCAACGAGAGACCUUACCUUGAGCAGAGCGUGGACGCCAAUGCUUCCAACCAAAUCCACCUGACUCUGUGCGUGUUACUGGGCAGCAUUGCAUUGGCUCUCGACUGGAGGUGAUGACUUCUACGUGGUAGAAGAAAAACAACUGAAUUCUGAUUCUCAAGACUGUCCAUGUGAUCGGUGUUUUUGUGUGAAGAUGCCAGCGGUCGUGGAGAAAGAGGAAUAUGUUUUUGUAAAGGGUUUUGUUUUCCUUGCGUGGAUACUAAAUGAGACGUAUGUAACGAUGUGCUAGCACUGUGUCGCCAUGUAAUCGAGUGUAUAUAAUUCUGAACGUAUUCUAGUUUCGUGAAUGUGUCUUGAAGACGGGGAUAUGUAUCUUCAUGCAGUACUUGAUAAUCUACAGCGAAACCUGUAUAUAGCAAAAACCUGUCUAUAAAAGGUCAGCCUAGACAUCUACAGAACAUGGCCUUUAUUAACAGGUGGUCUUUAUAAAGAAGUUUUAUUUUGUAGGGUAUGGUCAUCACUAAGGUGCCCUUUAUAGAAAGUUGGUUGUUGAACAAGGUGGCCUCUAUAGCAGGUUCCACUGUAUUUUAAAUGUGCGAAUGUUUGCUGAUCACUAAGUGCCAAACUGCUUUCACAGAAAACAAGACAACGGGUGUAGUCAGUGUCCAUGUGUGUAUAAUGACCGCUUCUAGACGUGUCCAGCUGUGUGUGUGCAGUAACCGCUUCUAAACAUACAGUAACCACUUCUAGACAUGGGUAGAAACCACUUGCAAUCAUGUUUGUUCAGUAGCUGCUUCCAGACGCAUAUAUUCCGAAAACGGCUUGUAGACUCACGUGUUAUACUCGCUUAGACCAGUUUCUGGAUGUGUGUGCAAUAACCACUUCUAAACACCCCUUGUCUUGGACACACCCACCGAGGAAGCUCUGAGAAUGUGCCCAAGACGGUCGUGCAUGAACCUUCAGUGGAUGUAAGCACGAGUUAAAUGGUGUAUUGAUUGAUUGACUGAUUGACUUUUAAAUACAUCUGGAGAUUUCUGAAUGAAAUGUCGUUGUCAUGAUCACAUAUCCCUCUCUGUGUUAGUCCAAAGGAUGUUUUGACAACGUCGUCACGGAAUGCACUCAUGAAUCACUGUCAAACUUGCUGUCAUAGUAAUGAUGUCAGGUUGUUCACGAAAUAUGUGUGCAUUUUCUUCCAUCAAUGAAACCAUAUCUACUUGUAAAAUCGGUUCAUUACGCCAAAGUGAUGAAGGUUUCCCCCAAAACAAAUAAAUAGUAAUGUAUCGUUUUUGUCAGUGAUAUGUUAUGUAUAUAUUGUAACCACUGCUGGCUACCACACCACACCAGACAUGCAAGUUCUGCUUUUGGACAAGUGUCUUCAUAACAGUACCUGCAUCUACACGUGUGUGCAGUAACAAUUGCUACACGCAUAUACAGUAAACACGUAUAUAGACACAUACACCCCAUACCGCAAACUCACGUAAUUAAAGGAAAUGUUUUACUUAACGACGCACUCAACACAUUUUAUUUACGGUUAUAUGGCGUCGGACAUAUGGUUAAGGACCACACAGAUAUUGAGAGAGGACACCCGCUAUCGCC